GUAACGUCACUGCAGUGGACGCCAUUUUGAUACAGAGCACCGUGGGUGGAUCGGAUCGGGCACAGAUACACAGCAAAAUUCACAUUUCAACACUUUCAUUGAUUUGUCAGCAAAAGCAGAACGGCCAUGUCAUCAGAUAACCAGGACACGGAGACGCAUUCGGAGCAGAUGGACGAGACUCAGGAGUCACAGGACACAAACUCAAACCCUGUGUGGACAGAGGAGGCCAAACUGAAAGCUAAGUAUCCUAGCUUGGGUCAAAAGCCAGGUGGCUCUGACUUUCUGAUGAAGAGACUGCAGAAAGGGCAAAAGUAUUUUGACUCUGGUGAUUACAACAUGGCCAAGGCAAAGAUGAAGAACAAACAGUUGCCUGCUGCUGCCGGUCCAGACAAGAACAUCGUUACCGGGGAUCACAUUCCAACCCCACAAGACCUUCCUCAAAGAAAAUCCUCAUUGGUUACAAGUAAACUGGCCGGCUAACAUCUCUUAUAGGUUUACCCGCAUACCAAACUUCCAAAAUGUUUUCCAAAACCUCCCCAGCCCUACCAGACCAGCUUCACCAGGACUGGCUGUCUGUUAUUUGUUUAAUUUGUUUUCAUUUGGGUGUAGAGUUUUGCUCUCCUUUCCCUUUCACUUUAGCAGGUCUCACCAACACAGCUUUGUUAUUCUCUUCAGUGUCCCAUAUCCACCAUAUUUUUGAACACUGAAAUAACUGAUCUGAUGUAUUUCUUUUUUUGUGAGAGACUUCCGUUUCAAUGACAGACCUGUAAAAAACAGUGUCGUGGGAGCAUGCACAAAACAUGAUUUACAGUUAUGGUAAAUAUUUACCACACUCGUGAUGUAUAACCCAGUGGGAGGAUGAAGUGAAGAAGUGGCCUGAUAUAUUAUAUGAAUCAAAAUAUAUCAAAUGUUUACGUUAUAUGCAAAAUAUUAUUACAAUGUUUUUACGCAGUAGUGGGAGACAUGAACAGGUAAUUUAGGAAACAAAAAUAUGCGCAAAACAUUAAGAACUGAAACUAAUAAGCAGUUUAUAUUCUAUAUGGACUGUAAUUUAUGCAUUUUUUUUUGUAAUAUAGGACAGCAGAAUAUAAAUCGGCUAAAUCAGCAUAUAUAUUUUUUUUAGUUGCUAUGAAAGGAUUUACUAGAUUGCUAUGUGGAUACAGAUCAUAGGUGUGCCACAUCCACCUUCAGCUCUGAAUUAUGGUCAAAGCAAAUGUUUUGUAGAGAUUUACUGCGUUUGUACCAGCUAUUAUCUCACCCCCUAACUGCACUAUUCAUGCCUGACUUUCUUGAUUACAUAAUAAAAAAUUUAACUAGCCAGUCAAAAGGCACACACGUGUCACUCGUAAUACGACUACCAUUAGCUUUAGUGGCUCACCGGAAGUCUUACACAAAAGAGCUCAAAUAUGGCGGCGCCCACAUUUACGUCACAAAUAAGGUGGAUGGGGUAGAGAAAAACUAAACCCUCAGUACUGCAGGCCCUAGUGGAGCAUGAUGCACUUUACUCUGUGUACCCUGUACAUCAGCGAUUAAAAAUAACAAAAUCAUGUUAGAUGGUUUUUAAUGUGUCAAAAAAUUCACAACAAAUGAUUAUUUAAUUUAAAUGAUUUAAGAUUGUUUUAAAAGGCAUUGUUUUAUAAAGACAGUACGUGAGAGCCAUUGGUUCUAGAUGUUUUAGCAGCCCUCUAUUCAUUUACGGCAACACUUGACAAAGAAUGAAUGUUUUCUAAGAAUUUCUUUAUAUAUAUUUCUUUAUACAAUUGCUCAGAUCAAUACUGGUUAUAAGCAGAUGGAUAGCUUUCUAGCCUUUUUCCGUUCCUCUGCCUCUCGCAUUUUUUUUUUAUGGUUCAGUUGAAGUAAAAACAGCCCCUUACUCACUGAAAUUGUUUAACAUCCUCUGCCUUAAUUCAUCAAGUGAUUUCAAACAACUUGAUUAAGUUAAUGUUUUAAACAUAUUGUUGUCAUUCACUGAUAACAGCCAUUAGCAGAACUAUUUGUUGCAUACAUGCAAGGGGAUUAUAAAACUAAUCUAAUCAUUGCAUUUUAUCUUUUUUUUUUUUUUUUUGAGGCCUAAAACUCCCAUUUUCACCUGCAAGAAAGUUUUUUGAUCUCUAAACUGUUCAGGUAUGUUCUAAGCUAGUUACUACAUUGAAACUGGGCAUCAAUUCUAAUUUAAACUAUCAACAGUGUACAUGUUAAUAGGAUUUAUGUGCGAUUAUUUUGUGACAACUACUGCUUAUGUAGUGUGAUGCACAUGAUCAUCAGAGACAAUGGAAUGCAAUCAUCUAGUUUGUUUGAUCAAAUUUAGUCUAUGUGGUUGACUGUAUGUAUGUAAAUGAAGGCUCAAUGAGUGUGUUUUCUUGGGAAUAGGGUGCAGAUUAAAAUUUGCAGAAUGAGCAGCAUCUUUGGUGCAGUAUUUCAGAUCUGAAUAGUAAUGCGUUUCACUUAAAUGCAUGAAAAUUACAUAUUUAAAAGUCAAAUAACCUAAAAUCUUUGGAAAAUAUUACCCACAAUUUGCUUUUAUACUUUAAAUACUUGAGUUUUAUCAUUCAGAUUAUUAUUACGGGAUGAAAGGGUUAGAAACUGUCACAAGAUCUACUAAUAAUCACACCUGAUAUAACAUCCUAUGGUCCAGCUUUUAAAGCGUUAGUCUUUACCCGUAACUUCUCUGGAGGGUUUGAAUUGUAAACUUUUCAAAAAUGUUUUAAAUUCAAUUUUUUAAAUUUAUUGUAAUGCUUAACAUCUCAUUUAGUCCAGGCUAUAUGACGUAUUGUAUGAAAAAUCUGUGCUAGAAUUCCCAAACAUUACGUUGACCGGUAGAUUCUGAAACUUUGUGUGAGCCAGCAUUUGCAUAGCCCAAUGGAAAAAGUGAGCCUUUUCUACAACCACAUACUCAUUUACAUGUGAGCUGAUGAUUAAGUAAAAACGUGCUUAGCAUUGUAAAAUACAAAAAUAAAUACAUACUCACUAUAAAAGGGAACUAACAUGCAAAGGAUUGAAUGUGUUUCUAAAGAAGGUUGUGGUGCUGAUAGCAGUUGGCAAUACAUCAGGGAAAUAUGGUCUUGCACUUAGUAUUUGUGACUUGAUGGUAUGUGUGGAUGUAUAAUGUUUCCUUUAGUUUAGGGAAAGCGUUAUUGCACAAUGCUAGGAGAUAAUCUUAUUUUGUGCUGCAGCCAAAUUGUAAAUAGUUCAACUGUUUUGGUGUCAUAUUUGUGCAUUUCGUCUUGUAUUAUCUGUUUGAGUUGUCUUUAGAACAUGUUUUUUAUGUUUUUAGUUUGUGUUUGAUCUUUCUUUUGUUAAUAUAGUGUGUCUGAAUCUUUUGUUUUCUCUCUCUAUUUUGUAAUGUAAAAUAUUGAGAAGAAUAUCAGUUCUAAUAUACGAACCUUGUGUAAAUAGGGAGGCUAAAGAUUCUUGUAUUGUGAUAAUGUUUUUAUUGGUUUGAUUUAAUUUAGACAGCUCACAUAAAGUACAGCCUCCAACUACACUGCAAUGUGAUAUUUAUUCAAACUACACAUUAACACCAAACAUUAAACCUCAAAGCUCUAUGUACAUAGACACACAAAUGUAUUCAUGCAUUGGGAUGUAAAUCAUGCAUUCAUGAUUUAUAUAGUACAUCAUGAAGCAUUUAGUGUUUAAUUGUGUUCUUUCAAAUACAUGAUUAUUUCAGGUGUUUUGCUUAUAAAGGAAAUGUGUCAUCUGCCCCCUGUUAAAAAAUAUAUUUACAUGAAAAUAUAACUGAGGCAAAGAUGGAUGUUAUAUAAAUGAAUGUUGGAGAAAUGUCUGAACCUUAAAUAAAGUUUUACAUUAACAGCAGAAGCACUGAAUGGCAACUGCGACUAUUCUAA